UCUAGACACUACACCCUUCCUUUCUUCCUUCCUUUGCUUCUUCUCUCUACAAUACUAUCUAUAUAUAUAUAUACAUAACAAACUCCUCUAAGUUCUAACAAACAAUCGCAACAACCACUCUCAAAAUGAUAUAUAUCAAAUUCUCAAUCUCACUAUAGAUUGCAAAUGCGCACGUUAGCCCCCGUCCCUUUCUUUCAAACCCACAUUUCUUCCAAAUAACACAAACAACGACAACAACAUUUUGCUUCCAACUGACACCGACUUUUCCCCGCGCACGUUAGCGUCGUCUUCUUCUUUGUUGAAAUUGGAUCGGAUCGUUUUCAAAGUCUGCGUCUGAAAAGCUUUUCAAAUUAAUAAGUUGCUCGCAGAAAAUCCUCUUCCGAGUUCAGGGGAAGGUAUUGAUAAUUUUGCUAUGCGGGGUCGUCAUUCUGAUUUUUCCUUUAUGUACAAACGUGGGCCAUCGAAGGACUAUAUAAACGAUUUUGACAGAGAAGGAAGUUCUGUACGUUUACUGAAUGGCAAAGAUAUUGGAAACCCUUCAUGGAAGCGCUCUUUGCCACAUAUUCUAGUGGCAACUAUCUCUUCAUUCCUAUAUGGCUACCAUCUUGGAGUAGUCAAUGAGACCCUAGAAAGCAUCUCUAUAGACCUUGGCUUUAGUGGGGAUACCUUUGCUGAAGGUCUAGUGGUGAGUACAUGUUUAGGAGGUGCCUUUUUUGGAUCUCUUUUCAGUGGCUGGGUUUCAGAUGGGCUUGGGCGGAAAAGGGCAUUUCAACUUUGUGCCCUACCAAUGAUAAUUGGUGCGUCUAUGAGUGCAACAACGAAUAGUCUGUGGGGUAUGCUUCUAGGGAGGUUAUUUGUUGGAACUGGGAUGGGGCUUGGCCCACCUGUUGCAUCUCUCUAUGUGGCAGAGGUGUCACCGACUUUUAUAAGGGGUACUUAUGGGAGCUUCACUCAAAUUGCUACAUGUCUAGGACUUUUGGGAGCUCUUUUUAUUGGACUCCCAGCCAAGGAAAUAGUUGAUUGGUGGCGGGUUUGUUUUUGGGUAUCUAUCGUUCCAGCUGUACUACUUGCCCUUUGCAUGGAGUUCUGUGCAGAGAGUCCCCAUUGGCUUUUAAAGAGAGGAAGAGGAGCUGAAGCCGAAGCCGAGUUUGAGAGGCUUCUGGGAGGAUUACAUGUCAAAUCUGCAAUGGCAGAAUUGUCAAGGUCAGAGAGAGGAGAUGAGGUGGAUACAGUAAAAUUAUCUGAGUUGUUAUAUGGCCGCUAUUUCAAAGUGGUUUUCAUUGGCUCUACCCUUUUUGCUUUACAACAGCUAUCUGGCAUAAAUGCUAUAUUCUAUUUCUCUACCACUGUCUUUAAGAGCUUUGGUGUGCCUUCUGAUCUUGCAAACAUAUGCGUGGGAUUCUCAAAUUUAUUUGGGUCAGUAGUUGCAACAAUGUUGAUGGAUAAACUUGGAAGAAAGGUGCUUCUUCUUGGAAGUUUUUCAGGCAUGGUAGUGUCGAUGGCACUUCAAAUAAUGGCAACAAGUUCUUUCGCAUCAGGCUCUGGAGCAUUGUAUCUAUCUGUUGGUGGCAUGCUGCUAUUUGUCUUUACAUUUUCUCUUGGUGCUGGUCCAGUCCCUGGUCUACUCCUUUCAGAAAUUCUUCCUGGCCGGAUUAGGGCUAAGGCAAUGGCAGUUUGCAUGGCUGUGCACUGGGUUAUAAAUUUCUUUGUUGGUCUAUUGUUUUUGCCCCUGCUGGAGCGAAUAGGGGCAGGAGUGCUGUAUUCAAUCUUUGCUGCCUUCUGUGUGUUAGCUGUGAUUUUUGUGAAGAGCAAUGUUUUGGAAACGAAAGGAAAAUCACUCCAAGAAAUUGAAAUUGCACUUCUUCCAUCCGAGUAGAGGUAUUUGGUUGAGAAUAAAAAUUUCUGAGGCGGUUUCUGGAAUAUGGAGCCCUUAUUCUUGUUGAUCCUAACUUUGUCCAUCCAAAUUUGUGCAUUGUUUCGAGUCGCAGAUAGAUAAUGGACAUUUGUAUACCAUUUAACAUCUGUUCUGCCAGAGUUCUGAUUCAAAAGUGAUCAUCUUUGCCAACUGAUGCUAUUGGUGGAGAACUUGGAAAGGACACAUUCUUUGCGUGCUCACUGUGGAAGGCUUUAGUAGUGGAGUUUUUUGUUUAUAAAAUAUAUAUAUUUUUUUCCUGGCCACGUAGAUGUUAUUUCCUAUUUAAUUUAUUAAGCCAAUGUAGUAUACCUGAUAGACCUGAAUAAUAUAUAUUGAAAUGCAUUGAAUCAACGUUACUAAACCCUACAUUUCUGUGUGCAUAUGUUAUAUA